AUGGUGAAUGCAUAUCACAGAAAUUAAUGGUAGUUUGAGAGAGAGAAAAAAAAGGGAAGAGAAAGAAGAAAACAAGAAAGAAGAAAGAAGAAAGAAGAAAACAAGAAAGAAGAAAGAAGAGAAGAAGUGUGUGACUACAACACAAACUCCUAUGGCAUCCUCAAAUUCACCAUGUGCAGCAUGCAAGUUUCUACGCCGCAAAUGUCAACCAGAAUGUGCAUUUGCACCUUAUUUCCCACCUGAUCAGCCUCAAAAAUUUGCAAAUGUUCAUAGAAUUUUCGGUGCAAGUAAUGUUACAAAGCUUCUCAACGAUUUACACCCUCACCAACGUGAAGAUGCUGUUAAUUCACUCGCUUAUGAAGCCGAAAUGAGACUCCGUGAUCCAGUUUACGGUUGUGUAGGUGUUAUUUCUCUUCUUCAACAUCAACUUCGUCAGCUUCAAAUGGAUCUUUAUUGCGCGAAAUCGGAACUCUCUAGGUACCAAAAUUUAAGCAUAGCGGCCACGACAGGUCAUGGUCUGAUGACUAAUGAAUCUGUCGCGGCCGUUAAUAAUUAUCACCACACACAGAAUACUACUGCAGUUGUUGGUGGUAAUAGUAAUGGCCGUGACCAUCACUAUCACCAUCGUCAUCAUCAAUUUUUUCCGAACCAACAAAAUAAUAUUGUGAGAAAUUUUGAUGGUGGAAUUGGGAACAACUAUGAUACUAGUCUUUUGGCUAUGAAUAUAUCUGCUAGCUUAGGGCAGUUCAAUCAGGUUCAACACCAUAGUGCUGCCGGAGGUGGUGGUGAAGACCGCCGUACUGUUAACCGCUCCUAGGGUUUCUUAAUGUUAUAGGAGUUUUGGCAUUAUACUAGAUGGAGAAAAGAAAUGAACAUGCAAUCUUCAAAUUUUGAUGGACAAUCAAAGACUAAUGUUCAUCAGUCAAAGCUCGAGUAGCAUUUUAUUUUAAUUUUAAUUUUUGUUUUAUAUCAUUACAAAAAUGUAGACAGAAAGAUAUAUAUGACGUCAAUAUUAAGUUAUGUAGUAGCUGACCAAUAUUUGACUAUUGUGUUUUUACUGUCUCUACAGAGAGAAGAAAUAAGUGAAGAGUCCCUCCAUGGAAAAAGAUUAUGACUAUUAGCAAAACAGUUUAUUAUCUUCUUUUAAUCAAUAAUGAUGGUACAGUUUUGGUCAAACAUAUGGUGUUAAUUAGUACUAUACAUGAGAUAUAUCACUAUUUGUUUCAAGUAUUUGAUUUGUUUGCACGUUAAAAUUG